GGAGCAUUGGGCUGGCAAGUGGCGGGACCUACUACUGCACAUGACCUGCGUGGACCAGUGGCGAGCAGACCCUUUCCGAUCUUGCAGUCUCAGUUGCAAGAAGGGCCCGCCCUGUGGUCUGCCCAUGAUCGACCUGUCUACACUACUGGGGCCCCCGGAGGUGCGCGUGGUGAGGCUGAGUCUCACUACGAGGCCCCAAGAUGUCAGGGGCCCCACAGAGCUACCUCGGGCCCCGCGGCCCCCACGCCUCACACACUCACCACUACGGCUCCGACCACGCAGAACUAGGAAGAAGAAGGGCCAGAAGACCUCUGGGGGCGACACUGACAAUAACAAACUGCCUCUGUCCGUGACCCUAGGCCGUGCCCUAGGUGCCCAGGUCCAACCUCUGAUGGCCAUCCUUAUGUCGCCCAGGGUGCGAUCGUCUUCGCUACACUCUGACGAUUCUGCUGAAGACGAGCGGUCAGAAGACGAAGCUAAGACGAGUCCAAAGUCCAAGACGCCUCUAUUGUCCAUCACGUCGCUGGAGUUGCCAGAUUUGGCGCCUGCGCGUAACCCAGCCUGCCAGCCAGUACGGCGCGUGCGCACAAGUGUCCGGCGCAGUCGCCCCCCUCCACCGCAGUGUACAGUGACCAACGCGCAGGCGCAAAACAUAUCCUGCGCCGGCCUCGCGCUCACUAAGAAAUGAGGAACGUACAGUAUGCGGUGUUCAUUAUGCAAUGCUUUUAAUAUGAAGUAGAGCGAUAUUAUUUUACCACCGCAUUAGUAUCUUGGACGAUUACCGGGGUCAAGCCUCCUAGCGGAUUUAAGGGGUUGAAUUACAUUACGGAAAUGAAAUCAUAAAAUAGGAUCAAUGAAAUCUCUACGCUGGACUGGACAUAUUCCAAAAUUGUCUUUGAAUAUAGUAAAUUUCUGUAAUGAAAUAGAAAUACAUUUGUAUACGUUGU